CUCUGGUUGCUAAGCAGCGCAAAUUCAAUGCAACAGUAACACUUUACAUAUCGUUUGAUAGACCUAACAGUACGCACUAAAAGGUUAUGUAAGUUACUUCAACUGAGAUGGCUGAAGUCAGAGAGCAGUUACUUUCCAUUGAGGAGAAGUAUAAACGUUUCAAACAACAACAAUUUACGUUUAUAACAGCCCUUGAGCGGUCGAGAGGGCACGCCAGGGACAAAACUGAGCCUGUCUCCACCGUCGCACAGGUCCAAAGGUACAUGAACCACCACUGCAGCAAUUCCACAGACAGGCGCAUCUUUUUGUUUUUUUUGGAAGUUAUUUCGGAUCUUGAAGGUGUUUUAAAACAUCUAGAGUCCUCUCGGUCUAUCCAAAACACUUCCUGUGAGAGCCUGGAUACAUGCAGGGAGAUCCUCGGCCCAAACAGCAACAUCAGCCAGCUAAGGGCACACUACCCACACAAUGAAAUCAACCGGCUGAGCUGUGAUGAAGCAAGGAACUAUGGUGGGAUUGUUAGCGUGAUUCCACUGGCUCUAGACCUCCUCACCACCUACUACAGUAAAGGUGCUCAACGUCUCACUCCAACAGCUACAGAAACAUCUCAACAAACAGUAGCAAAGAAUGUGGGGAUGGUUGCAGACCUUGAUAAAGAGACCAGUGAGAACCUGAGUAUAUAUAAGAAAGGCACAGGAGGCUUCCAUGCUGGAAAACCAGCUUGGAAGCCACCAGGAAAUACAAGAUAGAUAGAUAAUACUUUUUCAAUACCUGCACGUUUUUGCUUUCACGUGUUUUCACAAAAGUAUUAUAUACAACUAUAAUUUUAAAAUAGACGACUAUGACAAAUAAAUAUGCAAAACAUAUAUUUUAUUUUUUGUUGAUCAUAGCAAGUUGAACACAAAUCUGUUUUCUUAAAUUCAAAAUAGAGUCCCUGGUUACCCAUUACACCCAUCACCGUCUGAUUGUACCAUUGUUCAGAUAACUUUUGACAAACGACUUCAGGUGACGGACAGGUUUCCUAUUUUUUUUUUUUUUAAGUAAGGCAUUUUGUGAAACAACAAAAUGUUUGAGAGGGCUUUUGGUAUAAAAACAAAUGUAAAGCCUGAGUGACAGGGAAACAAAGCACACACUGUAAGAUCACACUCAAGGUGAACAGUUUGAAAACAAAGAAAAACAGCAGUGAUUUCCAUAGAUUUCAAUUCUCACUGUAAAUUUUCUGAGCCAUUUCUCCAGCUGGCAGGCCAAAGCCAGCAUUUUACUUUCUUUGCAACAACACUUCACAUUUUCCAUUUAUAUCUCGCACUGAACACAAAGCCCUGGGGCACGUUUUUUAGAUGGAGACGAGUGUAUUGCUCUGCUAGGGUUCAGCAAUCUUAAGAGGGCCUGAAUUAAAAAAGAAGUGCUUUUGCUUCAGCCACCUGCAGCCUUUUAUAUGAAGCCUUUUCGUUGCAGAUGGGGUCUGACCUACGUAAAACAGAAAUGAAAGAAAAUAAUAGAGGGACAUAAGCCUUCUGGCUUACAGCGAGCAGCUUCCUUUCAGAGUUUAGUGUGUCGAAGUAUUGCAGUGGCCGUGUUUUGUA